CGUAGUUUGGGCUGCUCCGAAACACAAAAAAAGUGCUACACUCACGCAUGCGUACUACCGCAAAAGAAUGUGGCUGCUGAUACCCUUCCGAUGGAUCAACCGGCGGCGACACUGCUUUACAGUUUCUAAAGUAGUUUGUGUUCAGCAGCUGCACAGCAGCAGCACUGAGUUUACAAACAUCCACUACGAUGGACUGUACCCUGGACAUAUUCCCACCACCGCCGUUCAAAAAGCUCUCUUGUCCAUUGGGUCAGGUGUGGCGGCACUGCAGAACCCCUACAGACAUGACAUGGUUGCAGUCCUGGGGGAGACAACGGGACACCUAGCGCUCAUAAAGCUCAGGGACAGGAUGAGAAAUGACCCUGAAGGCUACGCUGUCCUAACAGAAAGGCCGAGGAUCCGGCUGUCUACGCUCGAUCUGACAAAGAUGGCUUCGCUGCCUGACGGCUCCUUUGGGAGGGAAUACCUCAGAUUUCUGGAGGACAAUGAUGUGACUCCUGACUCAAGAGCAGACGUGAAGUUUGUGGACAACGAGGAGCUAGCUUAUGUCAUGCAAAGAUACAGAGAGGUCCACGACUUACUGCACACCUUACUGGGCAUGCCCACUAACAUGCUGGGUGAAGUCGCUGUGAAAUGGUUUGAAGCUGCUCAGACUGGGCUUCCCAUGUGUGCUCUUGGAGCUGUGCUGGGGCCACUACGGCUAAAUGCAAGUCGUUUACAGUCACUCUUCACAUCUUUGGGCCCAUGGGCUCUGCAGAGCGGUCGGCGUGCUCGCUGCGUCCUCAGCAUCUUCUACGAGAGGCGCUGGGAACAGAGCCUCGAGGACCUCCAGCGAGAGCUCAACAUUGAGCCACCUCCCAUCAUACCAAAGGCUAAGAAGAAGACCUGAAAAGGGAAAACAUAAUGAAUGUUCUGGAAAUUGCUCUACAAGAAACUAAACCAGAAAUGUCUAAAAGAUUCUGUGGAAAUUUGUAAUGCUGGGGGGGAAGGGAGAAUUUCCCUCUUGGCAAAGAUUUGAAAAAUCUUCUUUCCUGUUUUUCUGGUUUUAACGGAAGAUGAUCUCAGCUGAUGAGACGCUUCGGAUUCUGCCAGAUAACGGCUCUGGUUCAACACUUUCAGUAACCUGUUAAAAAUGUGAUGUUGUGUAACUGCAGUAAAAAAAAACAAAAUGCAAAUAAAUUAAUUAAUAAAGAUCUGAAUAAAAGUUAUAUCUAAGUUUAAAAA